GGCGGGACUUGUUAGAAAUACGGGCUGGAAGAACGCUAUAAGGACUUCCACUUCCGUUUUAAGAUGGCAGCCACAGUCAAGAAAUCUGUUGCGGUCGAAGAUGUCAAUGUCACUUUUGAAGACCAGCAGAAAAUUAACAAGUUUGCUAGGAGCACAAAUCGGAUGACCGAGCUGAAAGAGGAAAUAGAAGCCAAAAAAAAAUCUCUACAGAAUUUAGAGGAUGCAAGUGACGACCUUAUGAUGCUGGAGGACGAUGAUCUCCUGAUCCCAUAUCAUAUAGGAGAUGUUUUCAUCAGUCACACGCAGGAGGAGACGCAGGAGAUGCUAGAGGCUGCUAAGGAAACUCUGAAGGAGGAAAUCAAAUCUCUGGAAAGCCGAGUGACAUCGAUACAGGAAGUGCUCGGUGAUCUCAAGGUCCAGUUGUAUGCCAAAUUUGGAAACAACAUUAAUCUGGAAGCUGAUGAAAGCUGAAUGCUUCAGUAUUUGGACUAUUUAACAAACUGACAACACCCGUUUCCUACAUGGCGCUUACAACCAGAUCUAGUUGAUGAUUUUGCAGUUCUAGUCAUUGCUUCAGUCUUGUGUGGGUGGUUAGGUUUCUGUACUUAAAGCAGUGGAGGUGGAAUUUUUUUUUUUUUUUUUUUUUAACAGAACAAACUGGUCAUGAGUACUCAACACAGAGCAGUUAAUGCUGUUAAAAUAAAAAGUAUGAACUGA